CCGGGGCAGAGUUUAAUCCACAGGUUAUAAAGCUGUUGCGAAAUUCACUCAAAUUAUCCAGCCUUUUAUAUAAAAACAUUGCAGUUGUUUACCGAGCUAGGAGGACCUAUACCAAACGCUGAAGAAAGUGCAGCCAUGGCAGGUAGAGUAAACACCAGCCCUCCGGUGAAAUGCUUGUUCACGAGCAAUGAGGCAAUCGUCACGAUCAUUCUUCUACGGUGAGCUAACGUUAGUGUAAAUGGACUUUUAGGUCGUGUCAUAUUCCUCAUGUGACAUGUCCUCGCCAUCACCGGUCCAAAUUCGGGAGGCGAACGCACACCUGGCCGCUGUGCACAGGCGGGUAGUAGAACUGGAGCAGCGGCUCGAGGUAGCAGAGAACACCGUGAGGGAGCAAGCAGAGAGUCUCAUCAGGAAGGACGAGCAACUGAGGGCUGCUACCCAGGAGAUCACCGAGGCCAAGAAUAAAGAGAUGUACUACCUCCACGAGAAGCUGUGCAAGUCAGAUGAGACCAUCCAGAGGUUUCAGAACAUGGUCAAGGAGAGGGAUGCUAUGAUAGGCCAGUUGCAACAUCGCUGCCAGCUCCUGGACAACAUCUGUAAGAGCAGGCCUUUACUAGACAGUAUGCUGUUUCAUAUUGCUGAGGCAGAAAGACUUGGGCCAGUGGUGGGGAUGGGUGAACCCACUGCCAAAACAUCCCUCACAGACGGGGAGUCAAACUGCAGUCCCAACCGCAUCUCUAACCACAAAGACUUCUCUCUCAGUGAGGAUGACCAGGAGCUGGAUGAGAUAGUGUUUGGAACAACUGUAUAGUACAAGGCCCCUGAGAAGAGUUAGGUUAGUGAAGAGGAUGGUACUUGAAGUAGAGGCAUGAGAUUUCAAAACAUCAUGCAUGUUGUGUUAUUUAAUUUUUUUUAUCUCAAAGGAAACAUUUGUGCUCUAAGUAGUUCUGUAUGUUAAGCAGAUAACUUACAAGUUAACAUGACGUCACGUAGGGGAACUGCUUGACAUGUUAUAAAGCCUUUGAUUUAUCCAAAUAGAGGGAAACUAAUCUGCCUUGAUUCCACAUCUUAACCUGACAAUAACCAGGUGUCCAUACAUUUCAGAUAAGUUACUGUGUUAACUGCUGUUUUUUUGUACUGUAAUAUGUAACAUUUGGAAAUGGUGUAAAAAUGACCGCUGUUUGUGUUCAGCUCAAAGUGUUCAGAAGGUCAAAAAGUGUUGAGAUGGUCAGAGUUCAGAAAGUACAUCUGUCGCACAUGCAAGGCUAGGUUCUACUCCAUCCCAUGCAUUUGACUGUAGUAUACACGUUUCAGUCAUUCUGCACUAACAACGUUUUUUAAAAGUGACAAUUCAAUUUAAAGUGCUUUAGGUUAUUUUCGGUGAGUGUACUUACUCUACACGUAUCCCAUGUAAACGUGACACAUUUAAUGGUUAAUCUAAGACAUACAUUUGCCUCUUGUUGGCGUCAAUAUUUGCUUCAGUGAAGCAAAGUCUAUGCAAUAUUGAAGUUUGUGUCACUCUUACAGUACACUCACUCUUGCAUUACGUAAGAUGCUACAUAAUGUCACAUUCCAGUAGGGUCAAAAGCAGGGGAAAUCAUGCCUUGUUGUGCUCUCAUUAUAAUAAUACUAUACUGUUUUGCUUAGUCAUUAUAUAAGCAAUAUUAUAUAUUGUGUUGGCUUAAAUCAUCAGGUGGCUAAAAGUAUUGUGUUAUGUCUGCUAUGUCUUUAAGUACAACUGCAUGAUUGUGCAGCUUAAACUGUUCCUCUUGUGAUCAUUGUACCUGUGCUUUAGCACGGGAACUGUUUCGCCUCUGAACUGUCAAACGUGUGUUGCUCUGUUCAUUUAAGAAAUUAAUAUUUUCUGAGAAGAGGUAUUUUGAUUCAAUGAGGAAUGUUUUUUUAGCAACAGACCAGUCUGCUACAUGAAUAAAUUAUUUAUUUAUACAAUAUUUACUAAUAGCUUUGCUGUGUCACUAGCUACUCUUCCUACUUCAGGGAUAAUGUGACUGAAAAACUAUACUUAAAUCUUUGUCAAACAUACCCCACUAGUGAAGACAUGCAGGCACAGGGAAUGGUGCCUGACACAAAGGCUAUGGUGGCAAUGUUAUUUUGACAACAUUAUCCCUGUGGAGAUGCAUACAUUAGAAGUUAUGCAUGGGAAGUUCAGAUAACUGCUCAAGACACCUAUAGACAGGAAUGUGAGCCUAUUUUCUUACCCCAGAAUACUAAUGUACUGAGAUUAUAUUGUAUAUUCUGGGAAGGAUAUUAGAAAAAUUCAUACUGGGAAUAUCAAGGGAAAGAAGAACAACAUGUAACACUGUUGAAAGUACAUAGUCAUUUUUAUUAAUAUCAAUAUAAAAUAACAUUUUCAUAGCA